AUGGUAUAUCAACUGAGGGCAACUUUAAAGGGACAUACUCAAGAUGUCAGAGAUGUCGUUGCAAUUAGUAAUGAACGUAUAGCUAGUGUCUCGAGAGAUGGUACUGUACGUGUAUGGGAGGUCGCUAGUGUUGAAGGAAAUGGAGGCCAAUGGACUAAUAAGAUUAUUCAUUCCAGUGACAGUUUCUUAAAUUCGAUUAGUUACGACCAUGAUGAAGGUUUGAUCUAUUUUGGUGGUAAGGAUUCAUUGGUAAAUGCCAAAUCUGUAUUUUCUGAGGUUGGUGAAGAUCCGAUAUUAACUUUAGUUGGCCACGGGGGAAAUGUUUGUUCUUUACGUUUACAACAAGGUACUCUUAUAAGUGGAAGUUGGGAUAAGACUUCAAGAGUUUGGAGCCAAGGGGUUGAACGUUAUGUAUUAAAGGGUCAUACUGCUUCGGUUUGGGAUGCAUGUCCUGUUCCUCAUUUUGAUGGAACUCUACAAGAUGUAUUCAUUACAGCUUCCGCAGAUAAAACAGUUAGGCUUUGGAAGAAAGACCAACAAGUUCAAUGUUUUACUGGAAUUCAUGAAGAUGUUAUCAGAAAAGUUUCAGUACUAGACAAUGGUAGAAAAUUUGUCACCGCCUCAAACGAUACUACUAUUAAGAUUUGCGAUCUCGAGACAGGAUCUGUAUUAAAGACUCUUUCUGGCCAUGAAAGCUUUGUCUACAGUGUAAUUAUUUCCCCUAAAAGUAAAGAAUUGAUUAGUUGUGGUGAAGACAGAUCUGUUAGAAUUUGGUCUUACGAAGGUGAUGUGCAACAAGUUAUAAGGUUACCAGCUAUCUCAAUAUGGUGUGUUGACGUAUUACCUAAUGGCGAUAUUAUUGUAGGAUCAAGUGAUAACACAAUCAGGAUUUUUACCAGGGAUUCUGCAAAAAUUGCAUCGAAGGAAGAAAUUGAUGAAUUUGAGAAAUCAGUGGCUAAUUUUUCACUAAGUUCAAAAACAAUGGAUUUUGAUGAAUCAAAAUUGUCCCCAUACGAAAUAUUACAACAGCCUGGUAAAAAAGAAGGCCAAGUAGCAGUAGUGAAAUCACCUACUGGAGUAAUUGAAGCUUAUCAAUUCUCUCAAGGAAAAUGGAGUAAAGUAGGGGAUGUUGUCUCUUCAGGCUCUGGUGGUAACGAUAGUAAAAUAGAAUUUGAAGGAAAUUUAUACGAUUAUGUUUUUGAUGUAGAUAUCGAAGAAAAUAAGCCUCCACUAAAAUUACCUGUAAAUGCAAAUGAUAACCCCUACACUUUAGCCGAUAAUUUCAUUACACGAUAUGAACUACCUUCAAGUUACCGAGAUCAAAUAGUUAAUUUCAUUAUUAAGAAUACGGGUGGUGUUUCUUUAGAUGCGCCAACAAAUGAAGGUAAUUUAUCGAAUUACAAGGUAUUACCUGUAAAAAGAUAUUUAUCAAUUUUGAACUUUAAGCCUGAUUCUAUCUUCAGCGGUAUAGUGAAACUAAACCAACAGGAGAUGACAUUUGAUGAUGAAUCAUUAGCGGAAAUUGGUGCCGCAUUACAUGAUAUAGAUCAUGGCUGGGAAUUACUAGCAAAUGUAGCAGAUACGAUGAGGACUUCUUGGAAAAAUAAGGUCCCGGCUUUUGAUAUAAUGAGAGUAAUUGUUACAAAAUUACCUAAUUCCACAGAUAUUAGUAAAUUCGUCGAAGAAGGCUUGGAUAAUAAGAAUAUAUCGAUUGCUAUGCUAACGGUUCGAUUGUUGAAUAACUGUUUUGAAAACAAAAUUUGGGGCAUGAAUCUAAUGGGCUCUUCUAAUGUAAAGGAGUCGAUAUUUGAAACUAUUGGUACAAUAUUCCCGGAUGCCACUAGACAACAGUCUGCAAAUUAUGCAGUAGCUGUAUCGACAUUACUAUUAAAUUAUACAAUCCUAUUAGUACAAGAUAAUUCUCAUAUGGACGUUUUACAUCUUUUAGCAGAUGCUAUAAACAGUAAAUUCAGUCCUCUUGAAGAAUUUCAAGGUAGUGAAGAAGCUGCUUAUAGAUUAGCAGUAGCUUACGGUAAUUUGUCCACGAUAGAUCCAACUCUAAAGAAAUUUGCAAAUUCGGUGGUUUGGUUAAAGAAUGUUAAAAUAAAAUAUAAUAACGUUCCUAGAUUCAAUGAUUUGUUUUCUGACCUUUCCCUUUAA